AUGUCUGCACAUGGCUCUGAAGUGGCCUCGGGGCUCGAUUCCCAGCCCAGCUGCAGCACUCCAGUGCCUGUACCAAGGAAUUCCCUCCUGGCACGGCCUCUCCCUCCCCCAUGGAGCUGCUCCCUUGCCCUGCUCAGCCAGGAGGACAUCGUGGAGAGCUACACUGGGAACUCCUGCGAGCUGGGGGUGGCUCUGCUGGACUGCAGCUGCUCGGCCCCAGACCCGCAGCUGGUGCGCAGGAUCGUGGCCCAGGUGGAGUUCUACCUGUCGGAUGAGAACCUGGCCAAGGACGCCUUCCUCCUCAAACACGUGCAGAAGAACAAGAUGGGCUUUGUCAGCAUCAAACUGCUGACAUCCUUCAAGAAGGUGAAAUACCUGACCCGGGACUGGCGCCUCACUCUCUACGCCCUCAAGUUCUCGGCGCUGCUGGAGGUGAACAAAGAGGGCACCAAAGUGAGGCGGCGGCUCCCGAUCCCCGAGUACCUGCUGAGCGUCCCCCCCAGCAAACUGCUGCUGGCCUGGGAGCUGCAGCCGCGGGAGCAGGACCUGCCCCUGCAGAAAAACUUCCUGGAGACCAUCACGAGGAUGUUCAGCCCCUUCGGUGCCAUCGCCUCCAUCCGCCUCCUGCGGCCGGGCCGCAAGCUGCCCUCGGAUGUGCGCAAAUAUUCCUCGCGGUUCCCCGAGCUGCUGAGCCGCUGCUGUGCCCUGGUGGAGUACGAGAGCCUGGAGAGCGCCCGCAGAGCCUUCGAGAGCCUCGGGCACCGCGACUGGCACAGCAUCAGGGUGGUGCGGCUCUGCGGGAAAGGGGGCAAGAAGAAAGCCGGGGAGGAGCGGGCGGGCUGGAAGGGGCCGCCGGCGGCUCUGACCUUCCCCUGCAGCCUCGAGGAUUCCCUGCCCAGCAGCUCUCCGGAGCCCGAUGAUGCCUCAGGGUCGCUGUCCCUCCUCCUGAACCAGGAUCUGAUGGCACCGACCUGGCCGGGCAGCGAGUUCACGCUUGGCAAUUCCAGCGCCUUUCCCAGCUCAGUCCUCAGCAGCAAAGACUUCCCUCAGCUCGGGGUGGGCUCGGGCACCGAGAGCCGCCCCAGGGGAGGCUCCUGGACACCCUGGGGCAGCGGCCUCUGUCCCGCGGCCAAACCUGCCCCCAGCAAUGCCCUGGCAGCACCGUGGGUGUCCGAGCCCCCCAGCCCGUGGGACGAGGUCCUGCGCCUGCCCCACAGCCCCGAGGGCACCAAGGGCUUCCCCAGCAGCUUCGGGCUAGGGGAACUCGCCCUCCGGCGCUGA